ACCUCCAAACAGAGGUCCACAAACGGACAAGCCCAAGCCAGGUUCCCCUCCGACACAGGCACACAGCCGCUGGAGGAAGCGUCGGCGAUGGCGGCCCCGGCGAAGGAGGCGGCGGUGGCGACGGGGAAGAGAGAUGAGCUCGCGGAUUCGCUGGCCGAGCUCUUCACCAACGUCUCCCUCAUGGUCCGCGGCGAGCUCCAGGGAACUAACAGCCAGCUAGCACUACUCGAAAAGAUGAAUCAACGUGUGGCAGAGGAAUACAAUAGCUAUGGAGACGUUGCAUCUGGUCUGAGAGUCUUCGUGGAGCAACUGAAUGAGAAAAACCAAGGGUUUGAGGAGUACACGUCCCAGAUUGACGCGAUAGACCAUCAGGUGACUGAGUUUGAGGCGGUGGUGUCCAUGCUCGAUAAGCAUGUCUCCGUGUUGGAAAAGAAAGUGAAGUCUGCUUAUCACAUUGCUUCUACGCAAUGAUUCAUCUAGAAGCAUGUUGUAAAUCUUUUUGUUUUCUUUUUGCAACAAUAAUUGAGCAUAUCUGUAGUAACCAGAUACAUGUGCAUGGAAUGCUCACACUGUAGUCCUAAUGUUUCCACCAUUGUUGUAAUUGUUGUAGUGGAAUUGAAUAGCCAAGUUGUGUGUUGCUUUGGCAUUUCGGUUACUUUCAGGUAUUGUUGUUACCACAGUGAAAAAUAGACAGCACUAUCAGAUUA